CACACUUUACAUACAAAGGUACAAAUCACCCGAUCGAGCUUCACAGACUCGUUCAUCAGCAAUAAUGGCGUACUCACGGAAACUAGCGCCCCUUGCUGUGGCCUUAGCAACCAUCGUCGUCGUCCUGCUGGUGGUUGUCACUCCCAGCGCGGCGCAGGGGUCGUCGGCGCAGGACGUCGUCGUCUACCUGCACAACGAGGCGCGCGCCGACGUGGGUGUCAAGCCCUUGUCGUGGAACGAGAGCCUGGCCACCUACGCGGCGAACUACGCGGCGGCGCGGCAGGACGACUGCAACCUGACGCUCUCCGGCGGGCCCUACGGCGAGAACCUCUUCUGGGGCGCCGCCGGCGGCAACUAUUCGGCCGCCGACGUCGUGGGUCUGUGGGUGUCCCAGAAGCAGUACUACGACCACGACAGUAACACCUGCGCAGCAGGGGAGAGGUGCGACUCGUACACGCAGGUGGUGUGGAGCGGCACCACCACCAUCGGCUGCGCCGCCGUCGAGUGCAGCAACAACGCCGGCGUCUUCGCCAUCUGCAGCUACAACCCGCCGGGGAACCUCGACGGCCAGAGCCCGUACUAGACUACUGCCAUGCAUCAUAUACGCCUGCAGCUGUGCAGCAUGCAUAAUGCAUGCUUGUUAUACGUACGUACGUGUGUAAGUGUGUCGUAUGCAUGAACGUACAUGUAUACAUAUGUACCGUGUGUCAACGGAGGAAAUAAAACUGUGAGCUGCAUAUCAUAUGUACUUUAAUGUGUGUAUAUAUAAACGAAAUAUAUAAUUAAAAUC